AUGAACUUGACGUUUUUUGUUAUUUUUGUGACGAACAUGUUAUUGGAAAAAGUUUUGUGUGGACGAGUGAUAAAAAUGGACGAUGAUAAGUCAGAUAUGAAAAUUCUUAAGAGUGAAGACACAGAGGAAUUACCUCGCGAUGAACUUGUGGAAAUCUUGCAUAAAGGACAGUUUUUCCAAGAUAUAAUAUCACAGCACGUCGCGCCCUUAGAAUUCCACUUCGGUCAUGUUUUCGAAAAUCCUAACGAGUGGGAGCAACGUUUCGAGAAGAAAGACGUCGGGAAUAAUCAAUUUCAAGGGAAAGUUCGAUGGGGCACGAAAAACGGAGACUAUGGCGAGCAUUAUUGGGACCUGAAUCACUAAAAAAAUUUAACCUGCUCUACAUCGAUAAAUAUUGAAAUAUAUUCAAUCAAUAGAUGAUUUUUAAUUGAACCC